UAAGCCUUAGCAUUCAUGAGAAUCAGCUACUCCAGACAGACGGCUUUGGUCACCAGCGACAUCCAGCCCCCUGAGGCAGAGUUGAUAAUGGAGAGAAUGUUACGUCUCCUGGCUCUGGGGCUCUUGGUGGCUGGAUUCUGCCCUGCUGUCCUCUGCCACCCUAAGAGCACACUUGACAAGAAGAAUCCGAACCAGGAGGAACAAGACCAGGGGACACAUGUGGACUUCAGAUUAGCCUCCACCAACAUGGACUUCGCCUUCAGCCUGUACAAGCAUUUGACCCGGAAGGCCCCUGGUAGGAAUGUCAUCUUCUCCCCACUGAGCAUCUCUACUGCCUUGGCCUUCCUGUCCCUGGGGGCCCGUAAUUCCACCCUGACGGAGCUUCUCAAAGGCCUCAAGUUCAACCUCGCAGAGACUUCUGAGACAGAAAUUCACCAGAGCUUCCAGCAUCUUCUGCUCACCCUUGACCAGUCCAGCAAUGAGCUGCACCUCAAUAUGAGAAAUGCCAUGUUCGUCAAAGAGCAGCUCAAUCUGCUGGACAGGUUCACGGAGGACGCCAGGAGCCUGUAUGGCGCUGAGGCCUUCGCCACUGACUUUCAGGACUCAGAGGCAGCUAAGAAGCUCAUCAACAACUACGUGGAGAGGGGAACCCGGGGGAAAAUCAAGGAUCUAAUCAAGGAGCUUGACCAGCAGACAAUGAUGGUCUUGGUGAAUUACAUCUUCUUUAAAGCCAAGUGGAAGACUCCCUUUGACAUACGUGAGACUUUUAUGUCAAAGUUCUACUUUGGCAACCUGAUGUGGGUGAAGGUGCCCAUGAUGAGAAUGGAUGACAUGGCCGCACCUUACUUCUGGGACGAGGAGCUGUUGUGCACCAUAGUGGAGCUGCCGUACACAGGCAAUGCCAGCGCAUUCUUCAUCCUCCCUGAUCAAAACAAGAUGGAGCGAGUGGAAGCCAUGCUGCUCCCGGAGACCCUGAAGCGGUGGAGAGACUCAAUGAAGAUCAGAUGGGUAGCACUCUUCCUGCCAAAGUUUUCCGUCUCAGGGGACUAUAACCUGAAAGACAUACUCCCCCAACUGGGCAUUGAGGAGGUCUUCACCAGCAAGGCUGACCUGUCAGGGAUCACAGGGGCCAGAAACCUGCAGGUCUCCCAGGUGGUCCACAAGGCUGUGCUUGAUGUGUCUGAGGAGGGCACAGAAGCAUCUACCUCCCCAGCGCUCUCACUCUUCCCCCUUCCCCCAAACCUGGGCCCAAUGGUCAUUGUGCGUUUCAACAUGCCCUUCCUGGUGAUCGUCGCCCGAACAGACACCCCGAGCAUCCUCUUCAUGAGCAGAGUCAUCUAUCCCACAAGAGCCUAGAGCUUGUCACUGAGCAGUGGGGCUCCCAUUAAGGAGCCAGGAAUGGAAGCUGGAUGCUUGAGUCUCUGGGCACAGCCUGGCCCUGUGCAUCGAGCGGCCAGGGUAUGUCUGGCCCUGUGUGCUUACCCUCAGAAGGUGACAGUGACCGCCUGUGGAGGGCCCUCAUGCAGAGGGGGCAACAGACUCUUUGUUCUGGAGGGUCCUGGGCCUCCUGACAACAAUAAAUAAUUUGCUUAUGCCUUUC